AUGAACGAUAAUAUUAUAUAAAGGUUAAAGGAGCAACAUGAAUUGGAAAAGCAAUAAAUGUUAAAAGAAUUUAUGAAAAGAAUAGAUUUAUUGUUGUAGAGCAAUGUACAAAAGUAUCCUGAAGUUGAAAAUUGGAAAGAGUUAAUAUUAAAAUAUGAGAAACAAAGAUAAAAUGAAUUAUAUGAAUUAAGAUAGCAUUUAGAAGUAUUAUAGAGAUCAUAAAUUAAUACAAAAGAUAUAGAAUUUAAUGCAGAAAGAAGAGUUUAUGAAAAUAAGAUUUAUGAAUUAUAAAAUAAACUAUAAUAAGAUGAUGUAUAGGAUCUGUAUGAUACAAUAGAAUACUAAAGAAAUGUUAUUUUAGAGUUGGAAGAUUAGAUUGGUUUAUUGCAAAAUGAAAGAUAAUAAUUAGAUUAGCAUAUAUAAUAAUUGAAUUAGACAAUAGAAGUUCUGAAAGAUAAUUUAUCAAGAUAUCAAUAACAAUAAAAUACAAGGAGAAAAUAGAAAGCAGAAGUGAUAGAGGCAAUUGAUGAGAUGAAAAGAGAAAGAGAAAGAGAAAGAGAAAAAGAGAGAGAACGAGAUACAGAUAGAUAUAGAGAUUUGGAUUCUUUUAGUCCUUAACGACCAUAUAGAUACAGUCAUAAAAGUUCAUGGGAACGUAAUAAUAAUAAAGAUUGGAGAUUUUCUAAUUAACAAGUACCUUCACCUAGACCACCUGUGAGUUCAAUCCAUUAUCAGUCAUAACCAAUUUUAUCCUAUUAAUAGGAAAAUAAGGAAAUUGUCUCUAAAUUAUAAGAAGUUAAUGAAAUUAAAUACAAAUACUAAACUGCACUAAAUAAUAUAUUAAAAUUAGAAACAUAAGUUAUUGAAAAACUAUAAUAAGAUGACAUUAUAGUAGAGUGA